AUGGCGAUUGUUCUCUGUUCACAACUGCCGAUAUCUCGCUUAAUCCUAUACGGCGUUUUUUCCUUUUUACUUUCUUGUUUUGCUCUAUGGAGGUGCGCCUCUUAUUAUUCUCCUGAAACAGAUGAAUAUGGCAGUUCAGCCGAUGGGAGACACGUCCGUUCGUUAGAAAGUGCAAUGCGGGAUAAUUGCGUUGUGGUAGCAGUGUUUAACUUGGUAUUUUUUCUCCUAAUUGCCAUUGUAAAAAUGUUCCAACAGUUUUUCUUUGGACCUCUUGUUGGAACAGAGCCCCGCUGUAUACGCGAAAAAUCUAUGCACUUUGCUUUAUCAAGGGCAGUCUUUUUAAUAGGUGUCAUAAAUGCUGCCAAAUGGAGUAGCUUAAUGGGGUGGACUUUGUGGUUUGGAUGUCUUGGUUGUUUGCACGGCUUCGCCUGCUUGGCACGUCUUCGUUGUGAACAACUAAUUGCUCGGAAUUCAACCUCAAUUCGUCAAUGGCUGCGGUUCGGAAGUAUGCUCAUUGCAUUAACCUGCGGCACUGUGGCUCUUCUUUCAUCUGGUGUUAAAUUUUGCCGUUAUUUGUCAGAUUUGACUCCAGAAGCUGAUAUAUUUGGUGAAAUAGGGUCGCGUUAUCAUAAUGAGGACCAGUUAAACCAACUGGGUGUUGCUGAUUAUCCUGAGGACAGCUCUGCAGAUUUCUAUCAAAUUCUUCACACACUGAUAUUCAUAUUUUCGGAUUCUGCUAAUGUCCUUUUGCUUCUGCUUCAAGUUGCUCUCAUCAUUAUUGUUAAUGAGCUAGAUGGCACCAAGUGGAUUCAUAAGAAAAUGUUCUUUGACAAGGCCAUCUGGCUCUACAACGUCAGCCUGAUAUUUGAUGUUAUCUGCCUAACUCUUGACUUCUCAAACCAUGUUCAUAUGUUGAUUUGGAGCCGACUAGCGUCUCUCACAAGCCUUGUUGUUUGUAUUCAAGUUAUUGUGAGUUAUGGUGAUUUAGCUCAACGCCUUCGCCGACAUUCUGCUUACCAAAAUCUUGUAAAAAUCAUCCGUCGAGAAUUUCCUUUGGAACAAAUAGACCGUAAGACUGUUAAUGGAGUUGAUGAUUUGGGGGAACACAAGUCGACAGAACCCGAAACUUGUGCAAUUUGCUGGGAGUUAUUAUGGACUUGGCGUAAGCUGCCUUGUCGGCACUGUUUCCACGAGACCUGUUUAACAAUGUGGAUCGAGGAAGACCCAAGUUGCCCCACCUGCAGACGUCCCGUUCUUCCUCGGACUCCACGUCCUCGGGCCCAACAACGAGUACGACAACCACCAGCCUUUAACACACUGCGCGAUGUGAUCAACUUCUUCAGUAGAGAGAACGCUGCGGGCUUACCUCAACGAAAUGCGGAAAAUCAACGUGCUGUUCGUGGUGUAUUUUUGCGACUUCGGCAGCGUAGUGUUGCGCCCAACGAUCGCAACACUCGGGCUCCUGGACGAUCACUCGAUGUCAGCAUUCACAUUAGUCUGGGUCCAAGCAGACCAGCACCUCAAACAACGCCGCAACCUUCUGCUGAAGUACAUGGGGGGAAUCCGGUAGCAUCACCUGACCAGCAACCACAAACUCAAAUUAUUCAGUCAACUACCCAUAGCCGCAUCUACCACUUCGAUGGAUCGAACUACCUAUCAUGGCUGCCAACAAUUGACAUUGAAUUCGUGGAGACUGAGCAGAAUGUGUCACCACUUAUAACAAAUCAACCACCAGCAGAACCGACGGCUGCUGUCACCCAACAGCCUCAGCGCAGGUCAGCGUCUCUCCUCUCGCGGCUACCUCGCCUCCCAGCCGCCGUUGCUGCUGCUAUCUCCGACAGCCAACGUCGCCAUGCAUCAAUCCAAACACUUUCGUCAGCCUUGCGUGCCCAAGCCGAGCAGAUUUCUGCUGCUUUUCCUGAUGUCCCAUUGGACGCGAUUUUGGCCGACCUCGCGGUGACCCGUGUGCCCGAGGCUACCGUAGAGAACCUUCUUUCGGGACAAACAGUGACGUUGUUGGAGGGGUCACUUGUCGAAGAACGUCCGCACGCCACACACUCCGAUAGCAGUCCACACGAGGAAUUGGAAAGAGAAACUCAAGUCAGAAACCGACACACUGCUCAACUGCCCUCUGCGACCUCGGCUUCUUCUUCAGCACCCAAUGUGGAGGUGGGUGAGACAACUACGCCAGGCGGCGAUGCGCUUUCGUCGCAACAACAGCAGCCAACUCCGUCGUCGCUAAUUGCUCAAAGAAGACAACAGAUGCUGGUUCGAGCUCGCCAGCGUUUCCUUGCAGCGCAAAAGCAUUAG